CAACAGACUGUAGGAAAUGCUACUUUGCGGAUCGCUUUCAAAGCAAGUGUCAAGUUCAUCAACCAAUGAUCGAUUCUUAUCAGCUUGGACUAUAAAAUGUUCAACAAAGUACUUCUGUGACUGGAACUGAUUUGGAAGAUCAACAAAUUUUUCAGGGACGUAAAAAAUCUAAUACAAAACUUUACAGCCUGGUGUUAGAUCUACGCAGUCCAUGUGUAAAGCAUUUUUGGAGGAUUUCAAUUACCUAACCUAUCACUUCCAAUUGAUCAACGCUCAGCACGGAAUGAAGUAUUUAUCUGCGGAGGCGGACAGAGUUCCAUCUGUUCAGUACUAGGCCAGCCAGUGUUGCAGCACGUUCUGUCCCCCAUGAAGAUAUAAUUUCUUUUUCGUCGACUUAACACCAUUAUCCAAGAGUUCCCAAUAAUUUACCCGUCCUCCCUUUCAAUCCUGGCGCUACCUCAUUUAUUCACCAACCAACAAGCUCUCAAAGAGAACGUUCUUUUAUCGAGACGACCUCCUUCAUAGCCUACUUCAGUUGCGUCUCUCCGAGGUGAUCACCAACUUUGUCAUGAACAGCACGGGGUCUUCAGGCCCUCAUCCCCUGGAGGGUGAGCCCGGCUAUGACCUCAUGAUGACCGGUGAGGUCAUCAACAAGUACUACAUGUGGGUCAUCUUCGCCUUUGGCUUUCCUGCCAACGUAGCGACUAUAGUGACGAUAUGUCAUAUGCGCCAUCUUGGAUCCUUCGUUAUGUACGUGGCCCUCCUUGCAGUCAUGGAUAACCUGGCCAUAGUGAUCAAGAUUGUUUUCUACCAGCUGCUACUGAACAAAGUCAAUAUCGCUACAGCAGGUUGCCGUGCGCUGGAAUUUUUGGGAAACUUUUUGAUCACUUAUUGUAACUGGCUUCUAGUCCUGAUGGCCAUAGAGCGGCUGAUGGCGGUCCGCUACCCCUUCCGGAUCCAUUUCCAAAGCUGCCUGACCCGUCAGAAGGCAGGAGUUAUCUCCGCCAUUGUAGGCGGGGUCAUUGCCGGGAUGUACCUGCCUAUUCUCUGGGCAUCCACAUAUCGGAAGAAUGGACAGUCCGUGGAAUGCCAGAAAGACGACUUAGACCUCCUGCAGGCAAUCCACUGGACGUCCAUGGCCAUGUACGCCUUCAUUCCCUUCAUCAUCCUCGUCAUCUGCAACGCCCUCAUAGCCCGGGAAAUUCGCAUGUCCUUCCGGCUGCGUAGUGCCUUCCGUUCCAUCAACACUUUCAUCAGUACGCGACACUGCGACAUCCCAGUUCAGAGGCAGAUCAUGCUGAUGCUAUUCAGCACCACCUUUAUGUUUCUUCUCCUCCACUUCCCCAUAUGUGUGUUUGUCGUGGCAACAUACUGGCCUGUGUCCGGUCCUCAAGCAUAUGCUAUCAAAUACUUCUGCCAGCAGCUUGCCUACUUGCUGUGUGACUCCAACCAUGCCCUGAACUUUUACAUCUACUUUUUGUCGGCGAGGAAGUUCCGGAAACACUUUAAAUACGUGAUCACCUGUAUGUUUUGCGACAGAAGCGUAGCUGCUCACCUGUGAUUGAACAGUCUGGAUGUGGAUUUAUACAAAUAUUGUAAGACAAGGUGUUUGUUCUUGUUUGCUCGUAAUGUGUUCACUGUACUUCCUUAGAAAAACCAGUAGACCGCCAAUAUCAUUAUUCUCAUAGGGGUUUUAGUAGUGGGUGGCGAAUGGGCGCAGGCAGACUUUAGACAAACGAGCAAACAAAAAGAGAAACAGACACAAGUGCUGGGUCGGACAGAAAGUCAGAAACGAACACAAAAGACGAAGAGACACGUAAACAGCUACAGAGAGGAAGGCACAGAAAGUCAGACAGAAAGACUGAAUCAGACAGACAAAGCUACACAGCCAGAAACAAACAACGGUUGUGAACAAAAGCCAGACAUGUCUGCAAGUGAAGUGAGAGAGACAGCCAAGGAAAGACACGUAAAAGACUCACGCACAACAUGAAGGUGGAGGUGUUAACAAGCUGGCACAACAAUAUUAUUUAACACUACGCUAUGCCUUUACACUCAGAAACAUGGGCACAUAAACAGUUUGACGGAUCUAUGCAGGGAUAAAAUGAAAUUCAUGGAAAAUGUCAAGUCGAAGAAAAGGACAAAAGAACAGUCGGAGAUACACAAAAUGCCAUUCACAAGCCGGUUCGGAUUUGGGUACGGGUCCAAAAGCUUUUGUAAGACCCGAGGGCCUUUCUGGAUCCUUUUUUUUUAUAUUUUGUAUCCGUACAGAAAGAUGACGGCCGAGGAUUUCAGGGAGGGGAGAAUUGGUAUUAACAAUGAAAGCGAGGAAGAAAACUAGCUCAUAUUCCUUCGAAACUCCCGCGUGCAUUGAGUUGGAAAGAGAGUUCUAUUCUCAAGCUAAACCCCCUAGAGCUUGAUCAUGUUAGACAUUUCACUGCUUGUUUUGUUGUUAUUUUGUUGUUUUUCUGCUGUUUUCAUUACACCUACUUUUUCUACAUUUUAACCACUUCCAAAAAAAAAAUUAAUAAAAAAUAUACGUGUUGUAUUUCGGAAACGAUCGUACUAUGGCCUGUAGAAAGACAUAGUUUUGUAUGACAAAUGCCAACAUUUAGUUGAAACUUACAUGUUUCUCUUUCCUACCCUGGAUAGUACCUGGCAUAUCUAUGCAGUUUCUAAUAAAGACUUCUGUGGCAUA